AUGGGCCGGGCUGUAUCGUCUGUGCGUUUCAGGGUGGCGAUCUCAGCUCAGGAGUCUAUGGCACAAGGGCCGACAGACAGCGCAACACUCGUCUCUGUGGAUCUGUGUCUGUUAUGUUCAAAUGCAGGAGAAAAAGAAACAGAGAAGUUUGCCUGCCCCUUUCUGGCCCCUGCUCACUCUCUGUGGACCACUGACGUGAGAGGCUCGGUCAAGCUGAGGGUAGACGAGGGAUGUCAAGAAGAACCCGUCACAAUUCAUCAAAUGUUCAAAGCCUCAGUUGAAAAGUACGGAAACCUGCACGCACUCGCCAGCAAGAAGAACGACAGAUGGGAAAAGUUAACAUUCUCAGAGUACUACCAGUUCUGCAGGAGAGCGGCAAAGAGCUUUAUGAAGCUUGGUUUAGAGCGAUUCCAUGGAGUGGCCAUACUGGGAUUCAAUUCUGCAGAAUGGUUCUUCUCAGCAGUCGGUGCCAUCCUGGCAGGAGGAGUAAUGACAGGAAUCUACUCCACAAACUCACCAGAGGCCUGUGAGUAUGUGGCCAGUGACUCCAAAGCAAACAUCAUUGUGGUAGAAAACCAGCAGCAACUGGAAAAGAUAUUACAGGUACGGGACAGAUUACCUCAUCUGAAAGCCAUCGUCCAGUACAGCGGACAACUCCAGCAGAGGAUGUCGAAUCUCUACAAUUGGGACGAGUUCCUGGACCUGGGUCUGGAUGUCUCUGACGAACAGUUGGAUGACAUCAUCAGCAGUCAGAAAGCCAACCAGUGCUGCAUCCUCAUCUACACGUCCGGCACCACGGGCAAGCCAAAGGGGGUCAUGCUCAGCCACGACAACGUAACCGCACCGGACGCUGUCCCGCGUUUGUCUGUGGUCAACAUCCAGAUCACCUGGACCGCCAGUUAUGCCAGCCGAGUGGGAGACCUGCAGCCAGCCAACAUGAAGCAGGAGUCGGCUGUGAGUUACCUGCCCCUCAGCCACAUCGCAGCUCAGAUCUACGACCUGUGGACGGGCAUCCAUUGGGGGGGGCUGGUGUACUUUGCACAGCCGGACGCCUUAAAGGGAAGUCUGAUAACCACUCUGCGAGAGGCUUGUCCAACAUCCCACAUGGGUGUACCAAGGGUAUGGGAGAAAAUGAUGGAGAAGAUAAAGCAGGGCAUUAGUCAGUGUGGAUAUGUGAAAAAGAAACUCAUAACGUGGGCAAUGUCAGUCAGCCUGGAGGCCAAUCAGAGAUGCCUGCUAAAGGACGACGAGAAACCAUUCCUCCUGUCUCUGGCUGACAGUCUGGUGCUGCAGAGGCUUCGGGCCGAGCUGGGCCUGGGCUGCUGUCAGAAGUUCUUCUCUGGAGCGGCACCAAUAGGAAGUGAAACUGUGCAGUUCUUCCUUGGCUUAAACAUCCGCCUGUACGAGGCCUAUGGGUUGAGCGAGAGCGCGGGCCCUCACUUCAUGUCAGGCCCCAGUACUUACAAACUACCCAGCUGUGGUAAGGUGGUGCCUGGCUGUCGAUGCAAACUGGCCAACACAGACGCUGAGGGGAUAGGGGAAAUCUGCUUUUGGGGACGCAACAUUUUCAUGGGGUUUCUCAACAUGGAGGACAAAACAAGAGAAGCUCUGGAUGACGAGGGAUGGCUGCAUUCUGGCGACUUGGGGAGAAUCGACGAGGAGGGCUUCUUGUACAUCACAGGACGGAUGAAAGAGUUGAUCAUCACUGCUGGAGGGGAGAAUGUUGCUCCUGUUCCCAUAGAGGAAGCAGUGAAAAGGGAGCUGCCAAUCAUCAGUAAUGCCAUUCUGAUAGGAGACAAGAGGAAGUUCUUGUCUAUGCUCUUAACUUUAAAGUGCUGUGGCGAUGCAGAAACCAUGGAGCCAACCGAGGAGCUGAGCUUGGAGGCAGUGGAGUUCUGCAGACAGUUAGGCAGCCAAGCCUCUAAAGUCUCUGACAUAAUUGAGGGAAGAGACAAAGAAGUGCACCAAGCAGUGCAAGAAGGGAUCAACAGAGUGAACUCUGCAGCCAUCUCUAAUGCCCAGCGCAUUCAGAAGUGGACGAUUUUAAGGAAGGAUUUUUCAGUUUCAGGAGGGGAACUGGGUCCAACAAUGAAGCUUCGUCGCCCCGUUGUUAUGGAGAUGUACCACAACGUCAUAGAGAGCCUUUACAAAGAGGCGUCAUGUCCUUAA